AUGUCUAAAGUUAGCACUUUGGCGGGAUGCGCGCGAUCGACGGAACGGGCUGGGCGGCUGGUCUCUGCACCCACGGAGGGAGGCUCACCUGGCACAACUGCUUCCCCGGUGGCCCCCAGAGAGCCCGGUUCGGCACCCACGCCGGGGGCUCCGUCGGGGGCCUCUCCUAGUCCUCCCACGAGGCGCUCCUCAGGCGGCGACCCCGACACACCCCUCGCUGUCUCUGGUUGGAGGCCAGCAGCGCCUGGCAACGCGUCCUCCCCCGGACUGUGGGCAAGCGUCUCUGCGCUCUCCUGCCCGGAGCAAUUCUCCGCGGUAAAAAGAGUGCCAAGUUUCCCCAAUACUGGCUUCCUUCUGGUGUCUUCUGGUGGUUGUGCUCUGGACUGGAAAACAAAAUAAGGCAGGGAGAGAAACUAUGAAAAUCCGUUUUGUUCCCUUUUGGGAAGCAGCUUGGCAAUGGACCAGGUGUAAUUGAAAAGGUAAAGCCAGGUGUGGCUGUCUGGUCUUUAUUAUGUUCUGACAAAAUAUAUAUAGGGUCUCGCUGUGUAACUCUGGCUGUCCUGUAACUCCUAUAAACCAGAUUGGCCUUGAACUCACAAAGACCCGCCUGCUUUGGCCUGAUGAAUGCUGGGGUUAAAGGCCUGCAAGCACCACCACAUGGCUAAAUUUAGCAUGGCUAAAUUUCAUUUUCUUGUAUUUUUGGUUAUGAGCCUAGCCUUUAAGUGGUGAGCCAUCUCCAGCCCUAAAUUUCUUUUUCCUAAAUGCAUUUUCAAAGCUACAAUAGUAUUUCGUUACAAGUGUUUUUAAUUUGAAAAUCCCAAAUAUCACAUGUAUAGAGUAAAACAAUUCCCAGUUCUCACUGGUUUCUGCUUUUUAUCUCCUUCCUUAAUAAAAAUGUAAAUUUAAAGCAACCAGGCAUGACUUCGGGGCCCGCAGUUCGCCCCCAAAUAUCUUAAGGAGAAUGUUUACAGAAACAGCACCUGGGAGCUGGUGAAUUGGAGCGGCUCAAGGAAAACCUACUGUGGCCUGGGGCGGGGAGAACAAAAGGAAACACCUGGUCGCAGGAAUACUGUACCUGGCCCCACCCGGUAGGGAUACGCUCACCCAAUGGGGCCCGGGUGCCUGCAUUCAAACCGAGCAGGCGGCAGAGCACUGCUCCGCCUCUUCCCAGCUCA